CUCUCUCUCUCAUGUACCCGCCCUGUUUGUCUUCCACCGCCCCCAUCCACUGCAACAUUCAGGCAGGUUCACCUAAUGUGCUCGUGCAGGCUCGGUGACGCCGCUGCUGUAUUGGGAAAUACUCGGUGAAUCGGGAACCUUCAGGUUAUCAUCAACAGCCACAACCUCAAACGACACCUCUGUACUGCAGAUCCUGUAGAGCAACACAAAAAUGGCAGAUCCAAUGACCCAAUCUUCUCAGAUUUCGUCGUCACAAGGCCUAAACGAUGGACAUUCUGCAGCGUCCAAAGACUCAAAGUUUUCCGAUUCCUUUUUUUCUUCGCCUGUAUCUCUCAUUCAGUCUCCUCAAGACAAAAGAGUGGUAUUGGGCUCUGACAAGCCUUCAGAGAAUUUGGCUACCUCUCUUCGCUUUUCUCAGUCAAGUUCCUUUUCUCCAGUUGCUUAUGGAAUUGAAUCUUCAGGAUCACCUAGUGACAACAUAGAUCGUACAUUCAAAGAGAAACGGGAGCUUUUUGACUCAUCUCUUGGCUCUCAAAAGCAGGACUCGCCUAUAAAAACGUCCCCAGUAUCUGAGAGAAUCAAAGCAUUGGAAGCUUUAGCUGCAAAGCAGAAUGAUUUUGAUGGGGGGUUUCCACAUUUUAAAGAGCGUCACUAUGAGAAGUCCCCUACAGAAUCACAAGGAAUUUCCUCCCGCUUAUCCUUUCAGAAAAGGACAACGUCAAAUGAACAGGAAUCUCCUGAAUCACCCUUUGAAGUGCUUGGUGAGGCAAGGCGUGGAAGUGACUUUGAGGACACCGCUGACUGGAUGAGAGCUCAUUUACCUCCUGCACCAGAUUUCAACAUUGAAGACCCAGAUCUUGAUGAGGAAAAUGAGUCUCCCAUUGUUCAGGAGAGUCCAUCCAAAGUGAUUAAAGCAAACAAUGUUGAUACAGCUGAAGCUCCAGAGCCUUUUGCAGGAGUUCCUGAUCAGUUUAUGGACAGUCCUAUCAAGGUUGCAGAUGACCUCAAUCAGUCAAUUGAUGAUGACAACAAGCAAUCAAAACAAGAGAGUGUUGAGGAAGAUUCUGAAUUUGACCUGAACUUUCUACCAACAGCCUAUAUGUGGGAAAAGCAAGAGAAAUCUGAUACGGCCACUCAAGGCUAUCAGAUAUUCCCUGACAAUCAAGAGCUUCCUUCCACCCCUGCUCCUCCUGCAGAUUUUGAGUCUCCAUCACCUCCUGUGUCCCAACAAGUGGAGUCGCCUUCUACACAACAUUCCAACAUUUCAAAAGGAAAUUUGGAGCCUGCUGAAAUCCAGGAGGUAGACAGCUCUGGGGAGUCUGAUGAUACAGUGAUUGAGGAAGCCAUGAACAUCCCAACAGUGGUAAACAAGGACUUUGACACCAAACCCCACAAGGAAGAGGAGACAAUGCCAAACAAUGAGAAACAGACAAUUCAGGUACCUAUUAUUAAUGUUAUUGAAACUGAGGAACAAGUGUUAAGUGAUGAUGAAGAACAGUAUGAGGUAGAAGGAGAGGACGAUGAUGGUGAAAAGUGUCAGAUAUUGCAAGGUGAGAGCAGAGGGUCACCAGAGCAACACCACUCAGAGGUUUCAGAACAUGCAUCUGUGGAAACUCUACAUGAAGAACAUAAACCUGACCAUGACAUUUCCUCUCAGACAAAUCAAACUGACUCUGAUGCUGAGCACUUUCCUGAGCACAAGGUGAUUGACGAUGAUUAUGAAAGUGGCAUUUUCCUCCAGUCCUCCCCAGACUCAGGAGGCCUGAAUUUCGAGGACUCUCAAGAGCAGUCACACAUGUCUCAGAAUUUAGUGUCUUUUGAACCCCUUAAAGAGUCAUCCCUUGAUAAAGAGCUUGAAAAGACUGCAGAAAUACUUUCUGACCUUCCCCCUGACAUCAGUUCUCCCUCAAAUGAGCCCAGUGAUAUAGAGACUUACCUGGAUCAUUACGCCAGUGAAGAGCUUGCUUUAAAAGACCAGCUGAAUUUGACUUAUUUUAAGGAGAGUAAAGUUAAGGAAACAGAGCUUUCAAAGUCAAACUGUCUUCCAGAUGAUCAAAAUAUCAGUGCUCCUGUUCAAGAAUCCUUUGAUAAUAUUACUGAUAAUUUCAAUGAGACACCCAACGAAUGCAAACUAGACAAUGAAUCUGUGCCUGAGCCUUCCCUAUUUGACACUUCAUCUGACAUUCCUGAUGAUUUUGAGACUAUUCUCUCUCAAAACAAAAUGCCAAGUGUUGAUUCAGAAGAUCAAACGUCAAUAGUAGAAAUCAAGAGUUCUACCUUGCAGGAACAGGAGUUACCAGUGCUAUCCAUUGACCGACAAACCCCAGUUCAAGAGAACCCACCUGCACCAUUCCCCUCUUUCCACAGUGAGCAGUCUAACAAAAUCAAUGUUAUUUCUGAGCCUGCGACAAAUGAGGUUGCUGAGGUAUCCGAGAUAAAGAAGUCUGAACCUCAAGAUGUGACCCCCAAAGAUCUUUUAGAUAGACCAGAUUCGCCAGAGACCAUGAGUGAUACAGAAACGUUUGAAGCAGAGUGCUCAGUAACCGCAGCGACUGACAGCUUUGUGGAGUUCAUGAGGGAGUGUCUUAAGUCACGGCAGGAUGAGGAACCUGAGGGCUUCAGUUCCGGACAAACUAUAGAUCAAAAUCCCGAAUCUGAUGCUCCUCCUUCCACUCAAUCCCCCCCAGCAAUGAUCAUGGAUUUGGAGCAGGAGCGCCUCACAAUUUCUGCUUUGAAAGAGCUCGGGAGCAGCCAAGAGGAGGAAGACGAGAAUAUUCCCACAGUGAAGACUGUCAUAAAACCUGAUAAAGCUCCACUUCCUACACCAAAUCCUGAGACUUCAAUCACCUCAUCUUCUCAAACUCUUCCAAAUGAGUAUCAGCCAGUACUUCCCAAAGAGGUAGAGGCAAUCGACCUUUGGGUAGCAGAGGCCUACCACCUUGCAGAGCAUGUCUUGACAGCAAUACUAACCCACCUUACAGUGAAUGACCUGGUACACUGGCGGGACCCUAAGAAGUCAGGCGUGGUGUUUGGCGUGUCACUGCUGUUGCUGCUUUCUCUGGCAGCAUUUAGCGUGAUCAGCGUGAUCUCCUACCUGCUGCUGGCCCUGCUCUGUGUCACCAUCUCUUUCCGCAUCUACAAGUCUGUCAUCCAGGCUGUGCAGAAGUCGAACGAUGGACAUCCUUUCAAGUCUCUGAUGGAGAAAGAUGUCACCGUGCCACCCGAGACCUUCCGCAAGCACGUGGACGCCUGUCUCACUCACGUCAACCGUGUGCUCAAACAGAUGAGCCGCCUCUUUCUGGUCGAGGAUCUGGUGGAUUCCCUCAAGCUGGCAGUGGUUAUGUGGCUGCUGACAUAUGUUGGAGCGGUCUUCAAUGGCAUCACCAUCCUUAUCCUCGCUGACAUCCUGCUCUUCAGUGUACCGCCCGUCUAUGAGAAAAACAAGACUCAAAUUGACCAUUACAUCGACAUUGUACGCACUCAAGUCAACACUACAAUUGCAAAGCUUCAAGAGAAACUCCCAGGAUCCAUGAAGCGCUGUAAAGCAGAAUGAUCCUCUGCACCGAUCAAUUGUUGCCAUGUUUACCAUCCUUCUAUCUUAAGCCGCCUCCCUUUACUCUAAGCCCCGCCCCCUUUCUCUCCUCUCCUGUUUAACCCUCACACCUUAAAACAACCAUCUGCACUGAACCAGCUAGUAUGUAAAAUCUAAAAAGCUUCUUGAUGUUAACUCUGCAGCUUAUUAAUGAGCAUUAGGAAAAGAAGCUCGGGGCUCCGGGAGCUGGUGUUCUUCUACACAGGAAGUGAUGAAAUGCUACUCGAUGCCCGUUUUGAUGGCCAGUGUAUGGAAGGAUUUGUGAACUAGACUGAACUUAUGACCUGGUUUUGAGUGUUUGGUUGUGCAGUAGUAAUGAAUAAAGACAGGUUUUGACUCAAAAGCAAAUGUCUGUACUUUCAAAAAUAACAUUUCACUCAAAAAUGCUGACAAAAAAAAAAAAGAACGUUCUGACACAUACUUUCCCCCCUGUUUUUUUUUCUUCGAAAAAUGUGUAUGUAUUUAUCUGAAAUGCACUGAACAUUACUACUCUUGCACGUUUUGAUCUUUCAGGAUGGACUGGAAUGCAACCAGCAGUGAUAAUUCGGUCUAGUUCACUAUCCUCCCUGUUAUUGGCGCAGUUUUUAAUUUUGUGUAUGUAUAUAUAGUUCGAUUACAACAGGCUCUUUGCUGUGAAGUAGUUAGUGUUGCUUUUUAUAUUUAAAAACAAAACAAAUAUACAGCUCUUAUAUUUCUCUUUCGCACCUCUCUUGCACUCAGUCGUCUGAGUUGAGUUCACAUGUAAAUGUUAUUCUUAUUACUCUUCACAUAAUAGUUAUUAUAUUAUAUCUCGAUUAGGUUGGCUGCUUUAAGUCCCCUGUCUGACAUUGGCUUCGUAACAAUAAAUAUUAUUAAUAACCGUAAGAUUGAGUUUUAUGUAUAGGAUCGUCAGAGCACCACAAUACAGGCAAUAAUCUUAUGCUAGAUGUGAAGUUGGCCCCACAAGUCAUUGAUUUUUGUUAAAACACAGCCAAUGGUCAUCAUUCAUGUCAUUUAGAAUGGUAAAACUGUUUUUGUCAGCAUUUUGGGGCAUUCUUUACCCCCUUGGGCACUGAAGAAGUUUAAAUAGUUAAUGUGUUUAAGGCUGCAAAGAACAUGCCAUUAUUUAAGCUGGAUAAUUACACUUACUAAUCACAUGUGAUAACACUGUUUUUCCUUAAAAGUCAAGAUCCCACUGCAAACACUGUUGGCUUUUAAGAGACAACUACAAAGGUGAAUUGAUUUCUGAAAGGGAAGGGUAACAUGGUAAAAAUGGCUUCAGAUGUACACUGCACAUAGACUACUUGGUGCGCAGUUUUGUUAUGAUAAAUGGAAUAUGUACCGUAUAUCAAUAGUUGCAUUCAUAUUGUUGCUUUUAUUACUAUGUAGUCUGUAAGCUCACAAUGGUUUUAUUGUUCCGUUUGUUUAACAUUCCAGCUGAUGCAGUUGGAAGCAUGUCCAAAUUAGCAUAGCAUUGAAAAUGUUAAACGUUAAAAGUCCCUUCACAUUUUAAGAGUUUGUUCUGUGAUUUUUAUGGCCCCUUUUCCAUAAACUUUAAUUUUCCUCUCUCACACACCCUUUUAUGCAUGUUUACACACAUGAUAAGAUUCAGACACAAAUGUCUUUGUGUCAUUGUGUUGCUUAACUGGCAUGUUCCACAGGUGAGAGCACAUGUGCGUGUUGCUUUUGAAGAACAGGUCAAGCUCUGACAAUUUGUAUUACCACAAUUUUUUUUUUUUUCUUUCAAUUUAAGGGUAAAUUAUGACUAUAUAACUACUUUUUUAAUAGAUGCAGACCUCUCUGUUUAGGUUCUACGUCAUCGUAUGUGCUUUCUUCUCCACUGAGUUUCGGUUUAAUAUUUGGGUAUUUUUUUAACUUAUUCCUGUAGUUCUUUAGCAUGUUUGCUGUUUCUUUCCUGUGUUUCUCUCUGAGAAGGGUUGACGGAGGUCACAUUCUUUUUGUUUUUGACUCUUGAAGACUAGAUGUGGUGACUAACAUCUACAUUCAGUUUAUUGAUUUAAGAUAAGUGAAUAUGUGGGAGCUUUUGGGGGGAAACGAUGCAAACAGGAAAACUUGUGGUCCCUGUAAUGAUGUCAAAGUGAACUUAAUAAAAAUGCCAAAAGCA